UCCCAACCAGAAACAUUUGGGUGAUACUCAAAAUGUAUAAAACCAUUCACCUCUACUAUGGUCCCAUGAGCGGCCUCACCACCCGGCAGCGUGCCUAUCAUCCAUGCCUCUGCUUGACCUGCAGGUCCAUCUCUCUCUGGAUUUGGGUGUUUGGGAGUGGAACAGCAAACCCUGGUGCUUUGGUUUGGUGUUCAAGGAGAGGCAGAUCUGAAUUUACAUUUGUUUUGGUGUGGUGUUCUUUAAUUUUGUAGGAAUUGCUCCAGCGGAAACACAUAUCAAAUUCCAGGUGUACAACCACAUAUUGUUGUGGAUUUCAGGUUGGAUGGAUGGUCACAUGAAAGAAUUGAUCUGAUUUUGCUAUCGUUUGUCUCUGUAGAUUUUUGCUCAUGCUUGUCUCUGUAGAUUUUUGCUCAUGCUUGUCUCUGUAGAUUUUUGCUCAUGCUGGGCUGUGUCUAUCUGUAGAUUUUUGUUCAUGUGUGGAAGCUGGACUGUCUAUAUGUACAAUUUUGUUCAUGCAAGAAUUUUUUAUUUACACUCGUUAGAUCAUCUUAGUCUCAUGUGUAGCUCAAUCAUUUGCCCAAAUUAUCGUUCUUCCAUCUGGGCAAUCUUUAGUUGCAGAUCCAUGCUUAAAAUUUUAUUGUGUAGAUGCAUGUUCGCUUCCCUGUUCUGCUUGAGUCUGUUGCCUCGCUAUGAAGCCCUCUGCUGCAGCUUCUCACUUCACCGUCGAUGACACUCUGCUCCAACCUGUCUCUGUCCAAGUACUUAAAUUAUUCAGUUUUGUUACUAUAUAUCUGAGCAUAUAUAUUGUAAAUACGAAUAGUACCAUAGACUUUUAAGAAACGGUGUUGCUAUCUGUUUGACAUUGAUAUGGGUGUGAGUUGCUUUACAGGUUGUUUUUCUUAAAAACAUAUUGGUUUACCAAAUUGAGUUUUGUUUCAUCAUGUUUUUAUACCAUGCCAUCAGGAUUUUCAGUUGUUCUUCUGCCUUACACACAAUAUGUCGCAGCCCUUCAGGUUUUUUGGUUGUUCUUCUGCAUACCAUCUAUCUGUGUGUAUGUUCCUGACAUAUUGUUUCCUUUUGUUGUGCAGAUGUGCUUACAUUUUCUCAUGCCUUCCCCUCCUAUUUUAGCUCAGUGUGCUUUGGAUAUAAGCAUAGCCGCUACAAAGGUCGGUACCAAGGUUACUUCAGGGGAAAACACUGAGCUAUUCUCUGUGGACUUUGAGCACAAUGGGUUAUUUUGUGGAGAUGGGGUGAACAGGUCUUAUAUUGGCAGUACCCAUGAUAUUUUUGACUUCUGUCAGAGUGACUCAUGGUCGCUUGCGAAGAUAGGUUACUGCCUGAACUACUUAGGAUAUAAUGUGGAAGACCCUGCACUCUCAGUGUACUGGUGCUUCCCUGGCAAAGAUAUUGUUGAUGGGCUAGUACAAGUAAACACUCCAGAAGUUUGUGCUGCUAUGGUCAAUGCUAGCAAGGAAACCAAAACACUGUGCUUAAUGGUCGAUGAAAAAAUUCGUCUGAAGAGUAUGUGGGGUGAUCACAUAGUUAAUGGUUGCCCUGAGCUUCCUAGGGUGUUAAGCCCAAGGAAAAUGUCUAGUUCUGCAAGAUCUGGAGAAGGAACAUCAAGAUGGCAGUCAUCUGGCAAGGAGAAGUUGGAACAACAUGAAGAAGAGGAGGAUGAGGAAAGAGGGGAGGCAGAGCAAACAAAUGAAGACGAUGAGACAGAUCCAGAGUUUUAUGGAAGUGAUUAUGAUGUGGAAGAUGGUGAUGAUGACCUUUUCUUGGAAAAUGUGGACAAAACAGUGGGUGAUCACAAUGAAAAUGAAGGAUAUGUUGAAGAAGAGGAUGCUUUAGAUGAUGAUGACAUAAAUCUGUCAGCUGAAGAGCUUAGCAAGCUAAGGUACACAUUCAGUGCGUUCAAUCCAGAGCUUGACAUGGCAAAUCCAACAUUCAAGGUUGGCAUGGUUUUUGGUGAUAUGAAAGAGCUAAGGAAGGCAUUGGAUGCAUACAGUGUUAGACAUAGGGUUAAGAUCUGCAAAACUAGAAAUGAGUCGGAGAGGCUGAAUGCAGAGUGUAGUGAUGGACUGGCAGCAUAGUAGUUAGGCAAUACAAUGGCACACACAACUGUAAGAAGAUCUGGGAUUCAAAGUGCCUUACUGUAAAACUUCUGACAGAGAAGUUCAUUGAAGAAUUCAGGGAUAAUCAGAAAAUGGAUUUGGGUACAUUUGGUAGGAAAGUCCAGAGAGAGUUUAAAUUGCUCCCAAACAAAAUGAAGCUAAGCAGGGCAAGGAAAGCUGCACUUGAAAUAAUUCAUGGAGAUGAAGUAUCCCAGUAUAGUAAGUUGUGGAAUUUUGGCCAGGAGCUAAGAAGGUCCAAUCCAGGUAGUAGAUUUAUUCUAUGUACAACUGAGGUCAAGGAGAAAGAUGAUGAGGAUCCCAAGGACCAUUUGUCUUCAAUGUAUUGCUCUUUUGUGCCUGCAAGAGAGGUUUUCUAAAGGGGUGUAGACCAAUCAUAUUUGUAGAUGGGUGCCACUUAAAGAGCAGGUACAAAGGGCAACUUCUCACUGCAGUGGGCAUAGACCCAAAUGACUGCAUUUUCCCUAUUGCCAUGGGCAUGGUCGAGGUGGAAUCAACCUUCUCAUGGCAGUGGUUUCUGACAACACUGAAGAAUGACCUGAAUAUUGUCAACAGUCAACACUUCCCCAUAUACUAUCAUGAGUGACAAGCAAAAGGGACUGAUCAAAGCUGUUCAGAUUGUUUUUCCAGAUUCAGAGCAUAGAUUUUGUGUUCGGCACUUGUAUGAGAACUACGGGAAGUUGUUCAAAGGAGAAACACUGAAGAAUCAUCUCUGGGCUAUAGCAAGAUCUACUAAUUCAGACAAGUGGAAUGAGAACAGAGAGAAACUAAGAGCUGAUAGCCAGCAAGCUUACGACUGGUUGGAUGGCAAGACCCCAAAUCAGUGGGUUAAAGCUUUUUUUAGUGAUUUUCCUAAGUGUGACAUCCUUCUUAACAACAUGUCCGAAGUGUACAACAGCUACACCCUUGAAGCUAGGGAACUAGCUAUCAUAUCUAUGUUGCACUGCAUAAUGGGGAAGAUUACUGUUAGACAUGAAACCAAGCAAAGGGAGGCAGUUGAGAAGUGGAGUGGUAGAAUUUGUCCCAAGAUCAGGAAGAAGAUAGAGAAGAAUGCAGAAUUUUCUGGAAAUUGCUACCCAACACAUUUUGGUCUAGGGGUGUUUUCAGUACAAUCUGGAAAUAAGACCUAUAUUGUUGAUAUUCCAGCUAGGUGUUGCAGUUGUAAUAGGUUUCAAUUAAGUGGAAUUCCCUGCAAUCAUACCAUUGCAUGUUGUAGAGCUGAAAGGAUUGAUCCGGAAGAACUUGUCCACAAGUGUUAUACCAUAGAAACAUAUCUACAAGCUUAUGGUUGGAACAUCAUGCCCAUGAGAGACAUUUCUGAAUGGGAGGAUAUGAAUGGCAUUAUAGUUCACCCUCCAGUGUUCAAGAAGGUUAUGGGCAGGCCACCAAAAAAUAGGAAGAAAACACCAGAAGAGAAGAAGAAGAAAGAUGGCACUGUGUAUCUAAACAAAAAAGGUGUGACAAUGCAUUGCUCUGUGUGUGGGCAAGCAGAUCAUAACAGUAAAGGGCAUGACACGCAUGUUGCAGCUCAACAACAAGCCAAUGAACUAGAGGAAGAGGAGUUUGAAGACCCAGCUAUUCUACAGGAUAUAAUGCCGCAUAGAGUGAACCCAAGGUUGGACCCAAUCAAUUGCAAAGGAAGCAUGGUGUACAAUAUGAGUCAUGAGGAGAGAGCAUAUGUAAGCAGCUACAUUGCACCUGGCCCAUUGCCAGAAGAAUCAACCUUUGUAGUCGAUGCCAGGGACUCCAUUCCUCAGAGAAGGACAACUACAACAGCAACCAACACUGUUAGAGGUGCAGCAAGAGGAAGAGGAGUAGGAAGAGCAUCGGAAGAACAAAUAGAUGAGACAGGCACAAGUUCAAAUGCUGGCAGAGGAAAUAAGAGACAGAAACAAAAUUCAAAUGCAACAGGCAGAGGAGGUGGAGGAGGAGGUGCAAGGGGAAGGGAAGGAGGAAGAAGGGGUGCAAGGGGGAGAGGAGGAAGAGAAGGUGCAAGGGGCAGAGGAGGAGGAAAUGGAGCUGCCACCUUUCCUGGACAGGGUCUAUACAACCUAUUUGGCCCUGAUGGAGCCACUGCUGCAACAGAAACAACUAAUGCAUUCAUCCCUGACCUGAAUGCCAGUGUUGAAGAAAUACCACUUUCUCAACAUGCACCACAUUUCAACCUGAAGAAUAGGUCCUUUGUACUAGUUAAUAAAUUUGUGUGCUCAAGUACUUCAUGAAUGAACUAGUGAUGUAAUGACCUUAUUACAUGUUUGGCUAUUUGGCUACUGAACCUUGUAGGCUUGUCACGUUUUGCUAUUUGGCUGCUGAACCUUAUUACAUGUUUCGAUAUUUGCUCAUUUAUGUGGAUUAUACUGAACCUA